AUGCACUGUGUCGAAGACGAGUUAGGCCUGAUUCCGAGCUGGAACCCGUCCCCAAGAAAUGAUGAAGGAUAUUGGCGAGUUACUCAGCAUUAUUUUGCAUCAUACGCACGGCGAAGCAACAAAAAUGAUGCUAACAGCAAAGAGGAGGAUGGCACAGUUAAUGUUGUCCCCACAGCUCUUGUGGCUGUUGUGAAUCGCUAUGUUCCAAGGGCUGAAGGUCUCCGUACCCCUGUUGAAGGCGGGAUAACGCUUGUCCUUGCACAUUCUCUCGGAUCGCAUAAGGAAAUAUGGGAGCCACUGUUGGCCCACCUUCUUCUUCUGGACAAGCAAUCAAAUACCAGCAGGCUAAUUUCAGAAAUCUGGUCCUUUGAGCCUGUCCAUCAUGGCGAUUCUGCACUACUUAAUGGCAAUGGCCUAUUAGAAGUGGAUCCAAUGAACUACCCUGUAGACCUGGUCGAAUUUCUCCGAAGAAGGAUGCCCAAGGCAUGGGACCCAUCAGUUAUCCUUCCUACCCAUCUUCCAAGGCAUGGAAUAUCAGAUAGGCCUAACGUUGUUGGUAUCGGACAUUCCAUUGGAGGCAGCUCAUUCGUACAUGCAGGCUUACAAAUGCCGAAGGCACUUAAGUCACUAAUAGUUAUUGAACCAUUUCUUGUGAAUCCAGAGAAGAAUAUACCGAAAGCAUAUGCAAUGGUUAGUGCAGGCACUGCUCGACAACCAGAGGAAUUCUCGUCAAGGUUAGUGCAGAAGUGA